GGCGGGCUAUGGCUUAGGACGCCAGAGGGGCCAGCCGAGAGGUCAAGGCCAGGGGAGGGCAGCCAACUGAGGCAAAAGAAGCCGCACGAUGAGUUUCCACAAGAAGGACGGAGGUAGCAGCCUGUGCCAGCAGGCGCUGCACAUCGUCCACCAGCUGUGUUUCGAGGGCCAGGUGGCGCGGGAGAAGUGCUCGGGCUUCUCCCGCCCUGACCGAGGCAGGGAAGGAGGGGAGUCGGAGAAUAUUUCGGUCAGCUUGUUAGCAGUCGUCGUCAGCUUCUGUGGCCUGGCCCUGUUGGUGGUCUCUCUUUUUGUCUUCUGGAAGUUGUGCUGGCCUUGUUGGAAGAGCAAACCCGUGACCUGCAACACCAAUGCUCUUCCGCAGGCCCCUGAGAGCGAUCCUGCCGAAGUGCUUGAGACUGAAGAGAAGAAAGAGCUUAAAGAAAAUGGAAAGCCAGCACUGAAAGCUAUUGAGCCUGCAAUAAAAAUCAGCCACACUUCCCCCGAUAUCCCAGCAGAAGUUCAAACUGCUUUAAAAGAACAUUUAAUUAAGCAUGCACGUGUGCAAAGACAAAUUACUGAGCCUGCAUCUUCAACCCGCCACAGUUCUUUCAAGAGACACCUACCACGGCAAAUGCAUGUGUCCAGUGUCGAUUUUAGUAUAGGCACAGAACCCGUUUUACAAAGAGGAGAAACAACAACCAGCAUUGGGAGGAUAAAACCAGAGCUCUACAAACAGAAAUCAGUCGACUCUGAGGGCAACAGGAAAGAAGAUGUCAAAACCUGUGGGAAACUUAACUUUACCCUCCAGUAUGAUUAUGAAAAUGAACUUCUGGUUGUUAAACUCAUCAAAGCUUUAGAUCUCCCUGCUAAAGACUUCACAGGAACGUCUGACCCGUAUGUGAAGAUGUAUCUUCUCCCAGAUAGAAAAAAGAAAUUCCAGACCCGUGUGCACAGAAAGACUUUAAAUCCUCAAUUUGAUGAAACUUUUCAAUUUCCAGUAGCAUAUGAUCAAAUAAGCAACCGAAAACUGCAUUUCAGUGUUUAUGACUUUGACAGAUUUUCUAGACAUGACAUGAUUGGAGAAGUGAUUCUUGAUAAUUUGUUUGACGUCUCUGAUCUCUCCAGGGAAGCCACAGUAUGGAGAGAUAUCCAUUGGGCUACCGCAGAAAGCGUAGACCUGGGUGAAAUCAUGUUUUCCCUUUGUUAUUUGCCAACUGCUGGACGUAUGACAUUGACAGUCAUCAAGUGCAGAAAUCUGAAGGCUAUGGAUAUUACUGGCGCAUCAGAUCCUUAUGUCAAAGUGUCUCUGAUGUGUGAGGGUCGAAGAUUAAAAAAGAGGAAAACAACUACAAAGAAAAACACUCUAAACCCUGUGUACAAUGAGGCCAUUAUUUUUGACAUCCCUCCGGAGAAUGUGGAGCAGGUCAGCCUCUCCAUCGCGGUCAUGGAUUAUGACAGGGUAGGACACAAUGAGGUCAUAGGGGUGUGUAGAACAGGACUGGACGCUGAGGGCCUUGGGCGAGACCACUGGAAUGAAAUGCUGGCCUAUCACCGAAAACCAAUAACACAUUGGCACCCCUUGCUGGAGUUACCUGGCCGGGCGAACAGUUUUGAUAGUCAAGGAUCCUGUUCAUCUCCCAAACCACCUUCCACACCGUAAUGCCUCCAAAAUAAGAUCAUUGUCAUGAGGACCCAGGACAUGUGCUCAUCAGAUCAGAAAAAAAGCAGAAGGUUUGAUUUCCUCAUUUAAAAUAUAUACUGGUGAUAAACUUGUGCAAUUUUUCAUUUACUUUUUUGUCUGUGUAUUAACUUUGGACAUCUUGAUAUAUUUUACUUGAAAACAGAUAGUCCUUACUUCCACGAGGCAUUUUAUUCUUCUUGUCACAUGCCUAUUAACACAGAUUGUUUUAUUAAGUUGUAAUUCUUUGCAUAAGCAAAGAAAUACAUUUUAAAAAAGAAUCAAUACUUAUCUAAAUUUUAAUAUAGUCUAUGCUGCUAUUAUAGAAAGUAGCACGUCACAUAUGUAUGGUUUGGAUUUUAUUAAGCUGUUCAUUUCUCAUUAUGCACAUAUUUCUAUAUAAGCUUUAAUGGAAAUUUUGAACAUAAUUUGCACAGGAUUAAAUCCUUGUGCCAUCAAAUUAAUGUUACUUUUCUGAUAAUCUUUCAUUCUCAGUAAAUUAUUUUCUUGAUGAGGUUUGGCUCUGCUAAACUCAGAACGUUGUCUCUCAAGCUUAUCGUUUAAAACAUACAGUUAAAGCUAUAAUUUAAAGAAACAUUUUGAAUAUAAAUGUAAAAAGUAAUAUUUAGUAGCUGGAAAGUGGAGGUUGAGCCACUUGGGCUACCAUUUUAUACCGUCUUAAUGUUACAUUAGUUCACACAUCUGUUACACUGUUUAACUGAUACUUUAAAAUUCUAAUAAUCUUAAUCUCAAAUGUAGCACUAGUAUUCCUAAAUAAAUAGAAUUAGAAUUCGUUCAUUUUUUGUGUUCGUAAGGUUUUCAAGUACUGUGAUGUAUAUUUUGUGACAUGAAGCGUUCGUGUAGAUUUUGUGUUUCUGACAGACCAUACUAACAGACACCAAAGGUACAAUAAAUGUCUGUGCUCAUUGUCAUUUAGGUUGUACACAGUACUGGUGACUUUCAAACCCAAUCAGAAGCUAAUUGUUAAAAUUGGGUAUUUUCUUAAAGAAAAGGAUGACCUAUUUUUCAGCAAAUUAUAGAAAUAUACCAUAAAUAAUACAAUUUCAACAUUUAAUAAAAAUAAAUUCUGACGGCCCAGACCCACAGUCCUUUCAUAAAAGGCAUUUGCCUUAAAUAAGGAUCAAGGAUCAGGCCACUAGCGGUAAAAACUAUGCAAACGUUUUUACAAGACAGAACUUUCUUUUACAUCAUAUCAACUUUUUAUUGCCAUACUUCUCGGUCCUCUUGGAAGGUAUCUAUAUUGAACAACCCAACCUUGCUUUUGAGAUUUGUACUGUGGAUAGUGCAUAUUUCAAGCUUAUCCCAAGAUAGUAGGUUAAAAGAAUACAACAAAAAGGCAAGAAAAUCUGUACUUAAUAUAUUA